UCCGUUCGGGGCGGGGCUAGCGCGCGGGGGCGGGUCCCGGCAGCGGCUGAGGGUAGCCGCGCCCCCCGCCCGUCUGCAUGGAGUCGGGGUCGCGGCGGCCUGGCCUCGGCAGGGAGGCUGGCCUCGGCGACCCCGAUGCCACGGCAGGAGUCGGGGACCAGGGCUGAGGCGCGGGCUCGCGGCCCCGGUGCCAUCGGAGCCCGCCGCUUCCUGCUCUGUCUUUACCUGGUGGGCUUCUUGGAUUUGUUUGGUGUCAGCAUGGUCGUCCCUUUGUUGAGCCUUCACGUCAAGUCUCUUGGAGCAAGUCCAACAGUUGCUGGAAUAGUAGGCUCCUCCUAUGGCAUUUUGCAGCUCUUUUCCAGCACACUGGUGGGAUGCUGGAGUGAUGUGGUUGGAAGACGGUCUUCCUUGCUGGUGUGCAUUCUGUUCAGCGCCCUGGGUUAUCUGAUUCUUGGAGCAUCCACCAAUGUGUUCCUGUUUGCCCUUGCUAGAGUCCCUGUGGGUAUUUUUAAACAUACCCUCUCCAUUUCAAGGGCUCUGCUUUCUGAUCUGGUUGCAGAGAAAGAACGGCCACUAGUAAUCGGACAGUUCAAUGCAGCGUCUAGUGUGGGCUUCAUCUUGGGCCCCAUGGUUGGUGGAUAUCUUACCGAGCUAGAUGGUGGAUUUUAUCUGACAGCCUUCAUCUGUUUUUCUGUCUUCAUUCUCAAUGCUGGUCUGGUUUGGCUGUUUCCCUGGUGCGAAGCGAAGCUCUGCAGUGCAGAGAAAGGCCUGCCCGCGAGUAAGCACCCUGCACCCUGGGGGAGGACAGACGGUCACGGGCAGGAGGCAGCCACCCCCCGCCAGAGCCCUGCCGGCGCCAGGCCUGCCAGGCCGCCCUGGCUGGAGGUCGCGUCCACGCUGCGCGACAUGAAGAGCCUGAUAUUUUCCGAAAUGUGGGACAUCUUCGCGGUGCGCUUGCUGAUGGCCGUGGCGGUCAUGCUCUACUACAGUAACUUCGUGCUGGCCCUGGAGGAGCGCUUCGGGGUGCGGCCGCGGGCGGCGGGCUACCUCAUCAGCUACAGCAGCGCGCUGGGCGCCCUGGCCGGCCUGGCGCUGGGGCCGCUGCUGCGGCUGUACGGGCACGAUGGCCGCGCCGUCCUGCUGCACUCGAGCGCGCUCACCUGCCUGCUGCUGCUGCUGCAUGCCGCCGCCCGCUCCGUGGCCGUGGCCAUGCUCUGCUCCUCGCUGCUGGCCGUGUCCACCGCCGUGGGCAGGACCUGCAUCACCGACCUGCAGCUGGCCGCGGGUGGGGCGCAGGCCAGUGGCACGGUUAUCGGCGUGGGGCAGUCCGUGACGGCCGUGGGCCGGAUCAUUGCCCCGCUCCUCUCGGGGCUGGCGCAGGAGGUGAGCCCAUGCGGCCCCCCCAGCCUGGGGGCCGCCCUGGCGCUCGUGGCCAUCUUCAUAAUGUCACUGAACAGAGCCCGCUAUGGUGGUGGCGGUGGGAGUGACAAAUUUAAAAAACGUGAGUAGAGUAGAACUGGAUGGAAGAAACCAACUCUGGGGCAGGGACAGAGACUGGGAAGGGUGGUUUCCCAGCGGACGGGCUUCGUUGGGAGCCGCCCAGGUCCAGCCUGCUGGGUGAUCAGAAGUCAGAGCCUUGUCAAAGGGAAGGGAUUAAAGGUUAUGUAAACGUCUCCUCCUCGAACCCCGCCAGUGGGAUUAAAAUUUUCCACCCUACCAGCUUCAGGACAGGAAUAUGGUGGUGGGAUUACAGAAGGUGAUGCGUUCCCCUGCUAAAUAAAAAAUAGGGUAACCCAUUAAUAAAGUGAUCCGCUGGGACCCAGGUUCCAUGUCAGAUCGCAUAAACUAAGUGGGGGGUUUUCUGCUAUCAGAAUCCUAAGAUUAAAUAAGCUGCUUUGUUGAAAGUAGCCUGUCACUUUCUCAAAUUGUAACAAGGUUUCACCUGGGGAAGCUGGGGGAAAAUCUCGUGGCUGGCCUCACCCCCGGACACUGAUUCUGAGGGCCUAGGGGAGGCCCAGAAACCUGUAUUUAAUAAGCAACACUAGCACUUUCUCAUGGAGGCAGAAAAAGGAUCAUUCGGAGACGUGAUUGAAGUUUUGAUUCAAGUCAAAGCCAGAGACUUGGUUGUGUUUAUUAAUAGCUAACUCAGUUUGAACUUUAAUUAAGAUUAUGUGGUCCGUGUGUGUCAACCUUCUCCCCGGCUCUUGGCAGUCACGCUCCGUAAUAGGAGAAACAGGUUCAUGGAGCCUGUCCCCUGUGUCCACUGCCUCGGAGGCUCCAUGCUCUGCAGAGAGCUGAGGUUGUCAGUCUGGCUGGUUCUCCCUGGAUACCAGGCCUGAACUGCUUCCAGAAGCCAGUGCUCCGUUGGGCUGCAUCAGUUGGAUGAUGGUAGAGCCCAGUGGAGAGGACAAAGCACAGGAAUGCCUUUAAGAUGAACAUCUCGUGCACUGUAAGAGGCAGGUGUCCUGCCUUAUCAGACAGACCUAACUCUACAUUGUUUUAUGUUGAAAGUCAUUUCUUUUCUCUUAUUUUAAUAUUGUACUUGAGAACAAAAGAGCUACACUGAUCUACAGGGAAAUGCCUUUUCCUAGGCCUAGGCUAAAUGGUCAUUCCAAAAGUGGUGCCCCAGGGUCCAGCUGCGAGGCUUGGAGUGAGGGUUAGCACAAACUCACAGGGAAGCAAUUGCGUGUUUCUUGCUACUUGGAUGAUGUCACCUAUUAAUAAUUAUAUGGGAGCUCCCUCUCUUUUCCACAUGCAGACUACCAAAGUUCACAUUCCUUUCAUUCUUUUUGAUGGGUCCACUAGGAAAUUAUUCCUGUUUUCAACCUAACACAUGUAUAAUUGUAAAUGUAUUGUAUGUAAAACAGAAAAAAAAAUGUUUCUCUGGUUUUAGAAGUUGUGUAUGGGGUAAACUCAAAUAUUUAUGAUAAAGAAUUAAUUGGAUGUUUGAAGAAUCCCCUUCUAUCUAGCUACAAGGAAAAUAUUAACUUUUUUAUUAAGUGUUGUAAUUGUGAACUUUUAUACAAGCGCUAAGUGCUUUUGAGGAAAGCAAAAUAUAAUAUAAAAUGGUAUGGCCCUUAAGGAGCACACCAAAUCGUCAUAGAGCUUAGACUCAAAGGCCAAGAAGUAAUCUAAGGGUUUAUGCAAUGAAGUAGAAUUUCUCUGAAGAUUAUCUUUUCCGUGCGCUCGGAAAUAGACAAGUUUCUUAGACAUUCUUUAAUAUAGUCAUUAAAUUUUUGAAAUCCUAGCACUUUAUUUUUGAAGUUAAAUAAAGCCUAUAAAUUUAUUAAGGCUUUACAGUUAACCAGCUACAUGCAAAUACUGAAAACCAGGGUUGAUCCGCAUAGAGAGGAGAGAAACAUUUUUGUUAUUCUCCAUGCUCGUGGGGUUUUUUAAGAUAAAUAUUAUGCAGGUGUAAUGCACACAGAUACUGCAUUUUUUACCAACUGAAGGUACAUGGCAACCCUGUGUCAACAAGUUUAUAGCUACCAUUUUUCCAGCAGUAUUUGCUCACUUUGUGUCUAUGUCACAUUUUGGUAAUUCUCACAAUAUUUCAAACUUUUUGUCAUAUUUGUUAUGGUGAUGUGUGAUCAGUGAUCUUUGAUGUCACUGUUGUAAUCGUUUUGGGGCAUCAUGAACCAUGCCCAUAUACGGCGGUGAAUUUAACCCAUAAGUGUAUGUGUUCCAAUGGCUCCACCAACUGGCUGGUCACCUAUCUCUUGCCGUCUCCUCGGGCCUCCCUGUUUCUUGAGAUGCAACAAUAUUGAUGUCAGGCCAGUCAGUUAACAACCCUACAGUGGCCUCUAAGUGUUCAAGUGAAAGGAAGUGUCCGCUGAUGUGGCAAACUUCUUCGCUGUCUUAUUUUUAAAAAUUGCCAAAGCCACCCCAGCCUUCAGCAACCACCACCCUGCUCAAGAUUGAGAAAAGACCCUCCACCAGCAAAAAGUUGCCACUUGCUGAAAGCUCAGAUGAUGGUUGGCAUUUUUUAGCAAUAAAGUCUUUUUAACUAAGGUAUGUACAUUGUUUUUUAGACAUAAUGCUACUGUAAAUUUAAUAGACUACAGUGUAGUAUAAACAAUUUUUCUGUACACUGAGAAACCAAAAGAUUCGUUUGACUCACUUCAUUGCAAUAUUUACUUUAUUGUGGUGGUCGGGAACCAAGCCCGAUAUCUCUGAUGUACACCUGUAGUUCCUCUUAAGAAGUCUGAUGUGUGGAUAUUCAGAAGUGUGUUCCAGAACCAGUAGCGUCCACAUUCUCCUGGAGCUUGUUAAACGUGCAGACACUCACACCCCAGCACGGACCUGUUGGGAACCAUUCUUACAAGAUCCCCAGCUGCUCUGUGUGCACAGUAAACUUUGAAAACCACUGGUCUAUAGACAGUAUUUGUAUAUUUUAUGGAAUAUGAUCUCAGGGAAAUUAAAUCUGCUCACCUAAA